AUGCCACCGAAGAAGACGCCAAAAGGAGGAGGUGGAGCAAAAGAAGAGGGAGGAGCCAAAAAAGAAGCGAAAGGAGGAACUGCUGUUAAAGUUCGGCAUAUUUUGUGUGAGAAACAGGUUGGUUUUUAGAGGAGCAAUUUUUACUAAUAGUGACAUGGGAAUUUGAAGAAUAAGAUCAUUAUACCAUUUCUAAAUAUUAAAUUCAUGCGAUUUAUCUGGGCUCUCACAUUUUUCAAUUAAUUCCGAAAUUGAAAAAAAUUCUUUAAUUUUUGAUUUUUUAUUCAUAUUCGAAUGUCUGAACAUAAUUUUACUUUAAAAAAUUUCAAUAGUACUAGAAAACAAGCCCAAAUCCUAGAAAUUCUCAAAGCUAAUAUUUACACAAUGAGAAUUUUUUUUUGAUUCAACUCAAUAUACGAUUUUUUUCUGCUUGAAAUUACUUAUUUGCAAGUUCCCACGUUCGAAUUUUUGUGCUUGGAAUCUGGAUUUUUUUUCAUAUAAUUCAGAAAUGAAAAAUAAUAUUGACGUGAACUAUGAUGUGACAAUUUCUAUUUCAUUUCUUAUUUAUUUAUUUUUCUAACUUUUUUAUUUACCUCCUAUCAAAAAAAAAAUCUAUUUUUAUUCCUAUUUUUCACACUUUCAUAUGAUUUUCAUUUCCGGUAUUCAUAAAGCCAUUUAGCACUUUUCUUUCCCCUUUUCCUCUUAAUUUCAUCAAUUUUCCAGGGAAAAGCCCUCGAAGCGAUCGAAAAACUAAAAUCUGGCAUGAAAUUCAACGAAGUCGCUGCUCAAUAUUCAGAAGAUAAAGCUCGAAGUGGCGGAGAUCUUGGUUGGAUGACACGUGGCAGUAUGGUUGGACCAUUUCAAGAUGCCGCUUUUGCAUUAUCUAAUAGCUCGUGUGAUAAACCAAUUUAUACAGAUCCGCCAGUCAAAACCAAAUUUGGUUAUCAUGUUAUUAUGGUGGAGGGAAAAAAGUGAUUAUUUAUAAAUAUAUUUAUAUGUUGUGAUUUUUUUGUUGAAUUUUCAUUGGUUUUUAACCGAUGUUUCAUUUAUUUUAAAUGUGUUCAUUUUUUUGGCAUUUGGUAAUUUUUUAAAUCUGAAUUCGUCUCAGAAAUUCGAAAAUUCAUUUUUUUUCUGAAAAAAGGUUAUCUGUGAAAAUAAGAAUUAGAAUUCUGAAAAAUAUGAAUUUUUGUUCGAAAAAAUAUCACUGUUUCAAAUUUUGCACUUCUAUUGUUUGGAAUUCGAAAAUUUUAAUUAACGAAAACAUUUCUCAGAAAAUAAUAUUUUGAAUUUUUCAAGUACAGUGCUUAGCGGUUCAAAAUCUCCUAGAUUUUCUUUUUUUUUUCUUAUCCUUUUAUCGUUUUAUCACAAGCCUCCUUUUUCAGAUGCCAACAGCUGCUCUUGCUUCAGUUGCACGAGUUCUCCGCCUUUCCGCAGAUACAAUGGAAGAAGCUGCAGAAGCUGCUGCCGCGGUAUUAUUAAAAGGUGGAAUUGUUGCAUUACCAACUGACACUCUCUACGGAAUCUCUACACUUUUACCAUAUUCUGAACGACUUUAUUCGCUGAAAAAACGACCACACGAAAAACCGCUUGGCAUAUUUCUUCCGUCUUCUCACUCGAUUCCCCUUGUUGCAAAACAAACGAUCUCAAAUGAGUUGGCAAAUCGAUUAUUACCUGGUCCGGUUACACUCGUUUUUGAGAGAUUGGCAAGUUUACCAACGGAGUUUAAUCCGAAUGUUAUGAAUGUUGGAUGUCGAGUGCCAGAUGCACAGAUUGUUUUAGAAAUUUGUAGGUCAGUGAGGGGUUUGGGAAAGGGUUCUUUUGAAGUGAAAUUAGACUCAGGUGUCUCGGAUAAAUUUAUAAAUGAUUAUAACUUGUGAUCAAAAAAAUACUUCACUUCUUUAUGUAAAAUUAAAUUUUUCUAUCUUGAGAAUUUCAAGACUUUUAGACUUGAACUUCGGAUGAUGAAAAUCUACAGUAAACUUGAAGUUUUGGAUUUCAUUUUUUUUCUAUAAAUGGAAUAACUUUGCAUGUUUAAGGAAUGUCCAAAUUGCCACGUCUAUGUUCACAUUUUCAUUUUCGUUUUUGAUUCCAAGAAUAUUUUUUUCUAGAAAAGUUGGACAACCUCUUGCUCAAACAUCUGCAAAUGUCAGUGGCUCACCUUUCAAUCCAAUUUGCAUCGAAGACUUCGAAGAUCUUAUUCCAUAUAUUGAUUUAGUAAUUGAUGGUGGACCAAUUAUUGCAAAAUCAAGCGAAGGAAGCACAAUUGUUGAUUUAUCCCAAUCUGGAAAAUAUAAAAUCAUUCGAGAUGGAUGUGCGAGAAAAAAUACGGAAAAGGUUUUGGAAGAAUUCGGGCUGGAGGGAUAG